AUCCGUCAUUUCAAGCAGCGGCGGGGUAGUACUGUGUACAAGUCAGUUUAGCUAAUUAGUCGGAAUCGGACAUAUUUUGUGUUUUUAGAUUGUCUCUUCCUCUGUACAUGUACAUGUCUGAGAUUGAGCAGCCUAGCUUGACCGAUAAUUUUAGUAACUCUAACGGGAGAGAACCAGAGCGAGAACCAGAGCAAGCGAGACGGAGUGACGGUCUGACGGACAGAGCGAAUGUCAAGUCGUUACAACCGACUCCGAAUAUCACAGUGCAAAUCGCACAACCGACUUCGAGUCUCACAGUGAUCGCACAACCGACUUCGAGUCUCACAUUGAUCGUACAACCGACUCCGAGUCUCACAGUGAUCGACGAUGCCUCACAAGACCAUCAUGAUGAUGAGCCAAUUUCAAACCUCCGCAAAACUCGAAAACGCAAGCAUACUUCUUUACAAGAUCUAGAGAAUCCUGCAGAAUCUAGCGAGAAUUCAGAAGAACCAGCGAGUAAGACAAGAUGCUUAUCAUCUGAAGAUGAGUAUGAUGGUAACGUCACUGACACCAACACCUGUGUGUCACACUUGGUAUUGGUUGUGCACGGAAUUGGACAGAAACUCGAGAAUACAGACAUACGAGCAACAACAGAAAUGUAUGACAAGACAAAUACCAUACAGUACAUCUCAAUCUCUAACUUAUUCUGCUGCUUCGACUUCAGCUUUGCCGCUACAGCUGGCAAGGUAGACAGACACAGCAAGAGAAAAGUUCGAAUUCAACCGGUCGAUUGGCGAAGCAAUCUGUUUCUGGAUUUUGAUGUCCUACAGGAGAUCAUUCCUCUGUCAAGUGACAUCAGAACGAUCAGAGAGAAAUCUUUUCUAAGCCUUCUAGACAUCUUCUAUUACAAUAGUCCAGUCUAUGGCCAACAAAUUAUAGAUGAGGCUGUGAGGGUCAUGAACAAGUCGUAUGAUGACAUGUUGACUGAGCAACCUUCAUUUAAGCAUGAUGGUCAAGUAUCUAUUGUUGCUCAUUCUUUGGGAAGCAUCAUCGUCUAUGACAUACUAACAGCUCACUGCUCGGCAUUCGAGAAUUUUCGAAGCAAAGCAACAUUAAAACCUCAAACUAAGCUUAAAUUCAAGGUUAACAAGUUCUUUGCUAUGGGAUCUCCUCUCAGUCUGUUCUUAUCGAUGAGAGACAGAAAGAGCGAAUGGUCUCAAUGUUACGAUCACGAUCCAUUUUGUCUCAAUGAGAUUUGCAGUAGAGCAUACAACAUCAUCGACCCAAACGAUCCCAUAUCGUUCAAAUGGGAUCCGUUGAUUCAAAAUAAUCAGACAGGGAACACAAGUCGUGACAUAAGCACGUUUCUUGGCCAAGAGGAAGAGCAAGAGCAAGUGAGAAAGUAUGAUUACUACGUGAAUGGAACAAAGAUAAACAAGAGAGCGAAGGCUGUUGGUUAUGUUUGGAAGAUUGCUGCUGAAGGCAUAACAGGACUGAGGGCUCACACAAAGUAUUGGAAAAACGAAGGUGUCCUGAAAUUUAUACUGGAGAAGAUCGAAUGCAGUUGAACUUGUGACGCAGAUGACAGGAACAGAAGUGUGUGUGUGUGUGUGUGUGUGUGUGUGUGUGUGUGUGUGUGUGUGUGUGUGUGUGUGUGCCUGCCUGCCUGCGUGUGUGGGCGUGCUGGUGUCUUUUAUUGCCAGGUAACCUGCUGACUUUAUGCUUGCGGAUUCUAAUUAAAUUUGAUCUUGCCCGUUGAUGUAGCGGUUGUGUUAGUAGAUGCUUUGUUUAGGCAAUAUAAAAAGCUUUGUCUAGGAAAAUUGUCAUAGAUACGUCAUGAGUAUAGCAGUAAGAGUAUAAUUAUAAAGAGUACGACAUGAAUGAACAUUGUUACAAAC